AUGUAUGGCUUUGCUUUGGCUCUAUCUAUCGCUGCAAAAAGUCUUCAAAACCUGAAGGAGCCACGAAAGAGAUUCACGAGAGAAAUGGCCUCUGCCGCUUCAAUGUCGAUGGCCUUGGCGGUCCAGAACAGGGUUUCUUCACUCCCGGCUUCAGAGGUGUUGCCGAAGCUGCCAGUUAGCAUGAAGAAGGUGAGGCCCCAUAUUGUUUUGAAGCAGUCAAAAGCCAAAGCUUCGUUGAAGGAGAUGGCAGCGGCAAGAAUGAGCGCGGCUAUGGUGGCAGCGUGGAUGGUGGUGCCGGAGAUGGCGCAGGCAGCGGAUGGCUUGACGCCGUCGCUGCAGAAUUUCCUGCUGAGCAUUGCUGCUGGAGGGGUUGUGCUUGGAGCUAUUGCCGGUGCUGUUAUUGGUGUCUCUAACUUUGAUCCCAUCAGGAGAGCUUGAUUCAUGAGCCUGUCCAAUUUGAGGAGAAUGCAUAUUGUUUUAUUGCGUUGCAUUGCAAAGCAAAACAAACAUACAUGGUUCUUCUGGUAGUUUUAUGAGAUCGAGGAGCUGAUUUGAUUUGGUAAUGGCUCAUACUGUCGCACCAAAACUUCAAUUCAGCAACAAUUUAAUUUGUGAUUGUCUGUCA